AUGACGACGCUCAACGUCAAAGCGGGGCCUAUGCUCCGAUACGAUAACGUCGAUCUUGGCACAGGUAUUUACCAUGCCUACGCCAUGAUUGUCACCGAAGAUGCCACCAGUGACUACAAUCUCACCCCCACCCUUCAGUAUCGAUGGGAGAAUGCUUCCGGUGUCUCGGCGGCUGCCGAUGGUACCACCGCCGUCUCCGAAGCCGACUCUCACAACCACUCUGAGGCCAUCAAGCUCCACCAAUACCAAGGUCAGGAGGGCUCUUUUACCUUUUGGCGCUUCAAAAUUGAGGUUCCCUUGGCCGAUAGCGAGUUGGCGGUUCACUACUCGAUUGACGGCGAACCGCACCCCAAUUCGCAGUCCGAAGCCAUCAAGGGCAUGACUGGCCACACCUUCUUCGUUCCCUCCAAGACGGACAACUUCCGAUGGGCUGGUCACAGCUGCAAUGGUUUCAGCUCUGGUGUCGACCAGGCUGAGUUCAACGGCCCCAACCCUCUCUGGGACGAUUUGCUCAAGGCGCAUGCUACUAAGCCAUACCACGCCGUCAUCGGUGGUGGCGACCAGAUCUACUGCGAUACGCUCGUGCGGGAGCCCGAGAUGCAGGAGUGGAACAACCAGAGCGAUGCAAAGAAACGCAUGGCUAUGCCUCUCACCGACGAGAUUCGCACCUGCAUCGAUCGCUACAUGUUCAACCACUACUGCGAGUGGUUCGGCGGUGGAUCCUUUGCUAAGACCAUCGCACAAAUCCCCAUGAUCAACAUGCUCGACGACCACGACCUCAUCGACGGCUUCGGUACCUACCCUGACGACCUUAUGCGUGCACCCGUCUUCAACCACGUCGGAGCUCGUGGUUACUUUUACUUUCUCCUCUUCCAGCUGUUUGUCAACGACGAGGUGGACGGUGUCAGCGAGACGUCGCACCCCAACAAGAGCAUGCUCAUUGGUGGCGACGGUGUCUACAUCCCCUUCAAGAACCACAGUCUGCUCUCUUACCUUGGACCCAAACAGUGGAUCCUGUUGGCCGACUGCCGUUCUGAGCGCAAGCUUGACCAAAUCUGCAGCAAGGUCACCUACCAGCGUCUGUUUGAUGCUGUUCGCAAACUGCCACCUGGUGUCGAGCAUCUAAUCCUUUUGCUCGGUGUGCCACUCGCCUAUCCGCGAAUGGUGUUUUUGGAACGCACGCUCUCGAGCUCUAUGAACCCGCUCAUCAUGCUCGCCAAGGGUCUUUCUCCCGGCUUCACCAACAACUUUAACGGCCAAGUCGAGCUGCUCGACGAUCUGGGCGACCACUGGUGUGCGGGACCGCACAAACAUGAGCGCAACUGGCUCGUCGAGCGCGUUCAGGAGCUGGCGCUCGAGAAGCACCUCCGCGUUUCGUACAUUAGCGGUGACGUGCAUGCCGCUGGUGUCGGCGUGUUCUAUGGCUACCACCAGCAUGAUCCCAGUCUCGACCCAAAAUACUCGCUUGCCGUCAUCACCUCGGCCAUCGUCAACACGCCACCUCCACCCGCUGUCAUCUCGAUGCUCAACAAGCUGGCUAGCAAAAAGCAUCGUUCGCUUUUCUACUGCGGAACUAAGGAAACCAUGGUCCCGCUCUUCGAGACGGAUUUGGAGGGUAACAAACAGAAGGAUAAGUACAUCAUUGGCGCACGAAAUUGGUGCUCUGUAGAGUAUCAACCUGCGACGGCCGAGUUGGAGUUCGAUAUCCGAGUCGAGAAGGUCCGAGGUAGUGGAGAAACAAAGAGCUACGCUGUCAAGGCUCCAGCUCCGAGGUGGGAUGUUGCUAAGCACCACCAUCAUCUUCUGCUCACGAAAAACUUUGAUAAGGAUGUUGGGACGCUCAAGGGUGCACCGGACGGCGUCACGCAUGUCAAAGCUUGA